GUUGAAAUUAUCAAAAUGGAGAAAGGACCCUUGGAAGGGACCUACAUAAUGAGUUGUAAGCUUUGAUCAUACCAGAGAUUAUACACACAUACGUAAAUGUGCCUUUGAAUAAGAAAUGCCUAAUAAAAAGCAAGGAUUCGCAUUGUCGAGGAGAAGAUAUAAAUAUAUUAUGCAUAUAUCACGAAGGUCAUCAAAAAACUGAAGAUUUUUGAAAAUAGCUGGCAAAGUGGCAAAGUACCAUAUGGGCUGAUGGAUAAUGUGAUAUAAGAUAAUGCCAAAAACUGAGUAGUCGAAGAAGAAGAGGUUAUGUAGAACAUUGGGGCAAAGUACCAUAAUAGCUGACAGGACAGAUGAUAUGAUACGAGACGAGAAAGUUGGGUUAUGCAAACUUCAAAAUAAGUAAAUAGGAAAAUGGCAUAAUAAUAAACAAAAUUUUGAGCAGCAAGUUUGUCUUCUCCAGAGUCAUGUUCGCUCGGGCAAUACGCAAAUUAGCUAAACCUUUACCCAGGUAUGCUUUCAACGUCCAAGCAGCCCCUAUCAAAACCAACCCCAACGUCCAACCCCUGGAAAACGUCAAAGCUGAUCUGCUGAUAUCAAAUAGCUGUGUAGACCGUUUGAAGAAGAUCUCCAACACCCCCGAUGACUUCCUGAGGGUGACUGUUGAAGGGGGUGGGUGUUCUGGCUUUCAGUACAAGUUCGAUUUGGAUUCUGGGGUUCAAGAGGAUGAUAGAGUGUUCGAAAAGGAUGGGGUGAAAGUGGUGGUGGAUUCGAUUUCUCUGGAUUAUAUCAAAGGGGCGACUAUCGAUUACCAGGAGGAGCUGAUUCGAUCUGCUUUUAAGGUUGUUGGUAAUCCCUUGGCUGAGAAGGGGUGUUCUUGUGGAGCCUCAUUUGCUGUUAGAUUGGAUUAGUCCCUGGGAUUUGUUGAUUGGAUAUUGAACUGUGAUUUUGUUGUAAAUAAAGUAUCUCUUGUUGUUGAUAUUAUCUGGUUUUUAUUACUUUUGUUUCAGAAAAAUUCAGUACUGAGACAUACAGGGUGUCAUGUUAUAAAUGAAA